UUUUUGAAAAAUAAUGAUCCGACUCGAUCGGGUCUAUUGUUUCCGCUAAGUUUGAGAAAGAACAAAAGUAGAUUCUCCAAGUGGGAGUGAAAGAAGAGUUGCAGAAGAGAUGAAGCUAACGUGGAACAAGAACAAGAUCAAGAACAACAAGAAGCGGUCCCUGGAAGCUAUAGCACACUACCCAAACCUUCCUUUUGAACAGCGAAAACCAGAUUCCCAGCUGCAGAGUGAAGAAACCGCAGCUUCUCAAAAUCAUGAGAACUCCUCUGCUGAUUCUUUGGAUUCUGACUCUAAACGACUUGCCCAAUCUUUCCAUGCCCAAGGCAACAUGCUUGCUGAGGAUGGGAAAUACCGGGAAGCACUCGGGAAGUGGGAGGCUGCUCUAAAUUUGAUGCCCGAGAAUGCAGUCUUGCAUGAACAGAAGGCACAAAUUCUACUUGAAAUUGGGGAUGCAUGGAGUGCAUUGAAGGCAGCGACUCGGGCAACUCAAUUGGAACCAUCAUGGGCUGAGGCAUGGAUCACUCUUGGUAGAGCACAAUUAAACUUUGGAGAACCUGAUAGUGCCAUCGAGAGUUUUGAUAGAGCAUUAGCUAUCAAGCCUGAUUCUGUGGAGGCACAAGAUGACAGGAAAACUGGAGUGCAUCUUAUAAAGAGAAGAAAGCAGCUUCAUUCAUCAGGCUUGAGUUCUGACGAAAACCGUUAUAUGGUAGGUGACAGGACUGAGGCCUCCUGAUUGUACAUGAGAGCAACUGUUACUGAUGGGAGGAAUGAUGUUUGGAUUUUCAACCCUUGGAGGUUUCUAAAUGGAAAUUCAGUCAGUGUGUAAAGAAUAUACCACCACCAUGGUGUGCUCAAGUUAUCAUUGGAGUUAGAGGGAGACAGCUUUAUGGCAGACACACUUGAAUUUGCUUAGAAUUCAGUUGCAAGGGAGAAUAUUGUCGACAGAAUGUUACACUUUGGCUCGUGAAAGUUUGUGCAAAUGGAGGAUGUUUCGCCUCUAGGAAACCUUUGUUAAAUUUAAAAUAUGACACAAUGUACAGAAUUUCUGCCAAGAGCAUGUAUAAUAUUGGACAUUAUUGGAAGACCUCAUUUUCUGUCA